AUGGACAGAGAAAGAUGGCCGUGGAUUAUUAUGAAAGAAGAAAUGAGAGGUAUACUAAACGGAAGAGCAACAAAAUGGGGUAAAGAAGUGAAAAAAAUAUUAGAAAAAAUGGGUUGUGAGGAAGUAGUCAGGAUGAUAUAUAAAGAGCAGGAAAUAGAAGAAAUAGAAACAAAGCUGGACGAAGGGAUAAUGAGAAUAAAAGAAGAAACAAAAAAAGAAGACGAGGAGGCGAUAGAGAAAUCAUCAUACUGCAAAUUAUAUAAGAAAAUAAAAAUUACUAUUGGGGAAAAGAUGAAAUAA